AUGUUUCCUGAUCCAGAUGGCCUAGCUUGCGGGGGAGCUUGCGUUGACGCGGUGGUCGUAGUAGCUGUGCGCGCUACCUUCUACACGAUGGGUAGGCGGGAGCUAAGUCCCGAUGAUUUCCCCGUUGCCGUAGUAACACCCAUUCACCUGUCCGUUGCCGUCACAGCCAUGGAUGAUGGUGCAGACGGAUCAGGUUUCGAGUCCAAUGACACCCUCGUUAAAAGGAAGGCCUUCUGCGUGGACUCAUUUAUGCUCACACACAUCUGCUUUGGGGUGAACUUCAGCUUCCUCGUAAUCCAUCUUGUGACACUUAUAUCAUUCAAGAAGGCACGGAGGUUCUACGGUGUGGGCUACUUCCUCGGUCAAAUCUUCUUAAGUGUCUCUGCUCUGCUUACUUUGGUCUGCUGCAGUCUUGAUAUUGAAAGUCGAAGCUUCCCGAUCAUUCUUUUAACCGCCAAUUUUGGCUAUCUUGUCAACCUCUCCGCCCAGACCCUUUCUGCCAUCAUCGGCUUCAUCUUCUCCUUCCAACCAGACUCGCCCCACCACUCUGCGAGCUGUAUUCGCAAAGUCUGGGUUAAUGCCCUCGCUUUAGUCUGCAUCUUUGGUGUUCCGCUUAGCAUGACUAUUCAACAGUCUUUUCCUGUGGUAAACAAGUAUACUCUCCUCGAUUCUACCGAAGGCCUCGGAGAUAGUGGAACGAUUGGUACAGUGAGACCACAGAGGGUCGCUUGCAGCUUCGUAGCUAGCACCGAUACCCUCUAUUUCCUCCUCACACCAGCAGUCCUUCUCCUUCUAAUUCAAUUUGUGGUCAUAUGCAUUGCACUGAGACGAUGGUCGACAACAGACAAUUUGAGCAAGGGAAUGAAACGACAACAGCGGCUGAUUGCCCUGCUCAAAACGUGCCUGGGCCAAUUACUAGUGUGGGGUACGGCCCUAGUAGCCUUGGUGACAGCAUCAAAUACCUUGUGGAACGUUUUUACGCUGUGCACUGCACUACAGUCCAUCUUCGCCACCAUGGUCUGCAUCCUCUCCCGCUCGGUGGUGGGAGCCGCGCUAGCAUCCAAGUACCGAUCGAGGGAAGGCGUCAUUGGUGACGAUCGAGAGAUGCUUGAUAUAUGUCGAUAUAAGCUAGACGAUGAUAAUGAAAGAUUCUACAACCUGAUGUGA